UGUCUACACGUGUCUUUUUGUUUACGUAAACUCUUCAUACACGUGCACUGUGACGGGUUUGAGCUCUGGAACGUUUGAACGCUGUCGUCAUUGUGACGUCAUGGGAACUCGUUCUAAAGAACGCAAUUGAAGUCGAGAUCAGAAGGAAUAAACAAAACACAGCGAAAGGAUGAGCACAACAGAAGAAACAGCAAUUUCGUUUGCUCCAGACUCAAGGAGCAGUCCAACAAUGAAAGAUUUCUCUCAGCAAACCGCAGAAGCUGAGGAAGUUCUGGCACACGGGAAAAAUAGCUUGCAUGCCACCAAAAUAGAGAGCAUUCAUCUGCCUUCCAUUAGCACCAUGAAAUCAACUGCUCCUAUAAUAAUUGUAGAAGAGCUUGAACGAGCAGGUGCCGGACUUUCAGCAAAGAUCCCUGAAAAACCAAAACUUCUCCCGAGGAGGCAGAGAACGGAGCCAAAUAGAAUUUCCCCAGUCAAGGCAGAUGAUCAGUUGUCUGACAUCAUGGAACCAGCAAAGAGCACAUACAUGAAGAAAUAUUCAGCAGCACAUGAGGGGAAGGUAAGAUUCAACCUUGCGGAGAAUAUGUACUUCAGCGAUACAGAGGACAGUUGUUAUUCUCCCGAGGCUUCGGUUGUUGAGGUAUCUCAAAUAAGAGCCGACAUUACUGAUGCUGUCCUGGAAUACGUCACCUCUACAUCAUUCAAGAAUCAGCUCAGUCUGCGGAUUAUUAACGAGAUUGAUGCUAAUAUAGCAAAAGCCGUGUCCCAGGUUCAGAGGAAAGAGCAUGCCCAAAGAUUCGCUACAGCAAGAGAUAGGGAAGAGUACCUCUCCCAGGAGCAACAAUCAAGCAACAUUCUGUCCACACCUGGGUUUAGUGAGGGUAUUGCUUCUGUGAUUGGUUAUGCACUGAUGGAAGUAAGAGAAGACAUGAAAAAUAAUUUUACAAGCCAGUCACACGAACUUCAGACAGAAUCACCAUCAGCAUGCAGCUUUGUAAAUGAAAUAGUGGGCAAUGUUUUUGACAGCAUGCUUGAAUCCUUGUUACCCAUGAAUGACGAUCACUGUCAUCUGAACUGGGAUGUUAGCACUAAUGAGGAUUCUAGCAUGACUGAUAAUCUUUUUAUUCAAGAGUCUGAUGCAGCGAUUGAGAAUGACCCUCUGACCUCAAGAGUCGAAUCUGACUCGGAUUUGGCUAAAAGCGUUCUUGAGGUCGUUGCUUCUUCUGAGGAACCCAUUCCUUCUGACAUUACCUCUCGAGGGGUUCAGCAGACUGGACACCAGGAACAUGCUAAGCCUGUCCCUUCACCGCCUUCUGGUGAUAAGCCAAAUGCCCCAAGAGUAUGUGCCAGGAGAAGGAUACGCUUUGUAAAAGCCAGUUCUUGUCCAGAUAUUGUAAGAAGUGGCAUACCUGAUCAGUCUCACCAAAAAGAGAGUGAAGUCAAGCAUAGCCAUUCUCUAACUGGAAUAGACAGGCUGUGAGGAAGGGAUCGUGACAGCCAUGAUGAUGUAGCACACAGUGAGGAAAGGUUUGAGCAAACCUUAACAAAUAAGCUGACUGUUCUCUUCCCUCACCAAACCACAGAGACUAACAUCAACCAGUCAGCUUCAAGAACCAUCAACCUAAACUUCUGACCUAAAAUGAUAUUUGUUCUGUCACCAUUUUCCACACUGCCAAUAUUCGUGCAUAAAACAAAAAACAUAGCAACAUAAACAUAGGUUAAAUAAAUACACCUAAACUAAAAUAUAAAAAAUAAAUGUUGUUUCUUUCUUUCCCAAGAAUUAAGGAAAAAAAUUAAUUAUUUUGAUCAGAGAGUAUGAUAAUUGUGAGGAAAGAACAUGUCAUCAAUCUUAAUCUUACACUGUAAAAACGUCCUGUAAAAUUACAGUAACAUACCGGCAGCAGGAUUUCCAACUGUUUAAUGUCAUUUAGUGUCUACACUGUAUUCUGAA